UGCUGGCGCCUCCUUAAAAAUAGCCCUUCCCACGUGUUUGCGUCAGCACGUGACCGCGAAUCAGCCCAAAAACACCCUUUAGCCCAUUGCCAAAGAAUGUUGUAUGUUUUCUGUUGACACCGAAGAGUGACGUCGACGUCACGCGUUUAAAAAUACUUUCCAUCUCGAUGCGUCGCGACGUCUUUGAAGGGGUCACUCAGUCGCAUCCGCGGCGCGAUUUUGGAGCGAUUUUCCGGUGUGUUUCCCAAACGUGUGCGAUUUUCCGUGUCUGUGGUGUCUGGAAUGGACCGGGAUGACGACGACGGCGUCGGAUACGUCGCCGAGAGCCACUAUCUGAAGAGUCCAACGGUGGCUGAACAGCAGGCCAUGGCUCUCCUUCAGAUACCCCCGCGGGAGGGCCGGGAGGGGAGCAUCUCCUCCAAUGUCAGCGACAUGGAUGUGCCCAUCUAUUCCUCCGAAAACCUCACCACCAGCUCCAGGAGACCCAUUCAGUCGGGUUUCAACGGCAAGCUCAUCUUUGCCAUCAUUGCGUCAGCGCUGGGCUCCUCCUUCCAGCAUGGGUACAACACGGGAGUCAUCAACACCCCCCAAACCGUUUUAGAGGAAUGGAUUUCGCAAGUCGUGGGCAACCGCACCGGCACCCCCCCGUCGGCCUCCUCGGUGACGCUCGUCUGGUCCCUCGCUGUCUCAAUUUUCUGCGUGGGGGGCAUGAUCGGGGGCGUGUGCACCGGCUACGUGGCCGACAGAUUCGGCCGAAAAGGGGGCCUCCUCCUCAACAACAUCCUCGUCUUCCUUGCUACCAUCUGUCUGGGCUCUGCUAAAGCCGCCUCGUCCCACGAGCUCCUCAUCCUCGGAAGGUUCCUCAUCGGGAUAAACUCGGGGCUAAACGCCGGCCUCGCCCCCAUGUACCUUGCCGAGAUCUCCCCCAUUAACCUGCGAGGAGCCGUCGGAAGCGUCUACCAACUGGUCAUCACAAUCUCAAUCCUUGUGGCGCAAGCCCUAGGGCUCAAAUAUGUCUUGGGGACCCCCGAACACUGGCCCGUGCUGUUUGCCCUAACCGCCGUUCCGGCACUGUUUCAAGUCGUGACGCUUCCGUUAUGCCCCGAAUCCCCAAAGUAUUUGCUGGCCUCCAAAGGGAACGAAAUGGAAGCCCAGAAAGCGCUAGCUUGGCUCAGGGGCAGUUUGGCCGUCCAGGAGGAGAUGGAGCAGAUGAAAGCGGAGAACGACGCGGCCAAGUUGUUGCCAAAGGUCACAGUGAGGGAGCUGUUGACGAAUAGGGCGCUCAGAAUCCCGCUGAUUAUUUGCUUAUGCGUGAUGAUAGCGCAGCAAUUAAGUGGGAUCAACGCUGUUAUUUUCUUCUCGACUUCGAUUUUCAAGGAUUCGGGGCUCAAGGACGACAGUGCGACCUUUGCAACGAUGGGGAUGGGGGCGAUUAAUGUCCUUAUGACGAUUGUAUCCUUGGUCCUUGUUGAGAAAGCGGGGCGAAAAACGCUACUUCUCUUCGGGUUUGGGGGCAUGGCCAUUGAUACUCUUCUCCUAACCAUAGCAAUGAAGCUAACGACCGUCGAGCCAAAUUUGAGCUACUUGUGCAUCGUCCUUGUUUUUAUUUACAUUAUUAUGUUUGCCUCCGGACCUGGUUCAAUCCCUUGGUUUUUGGUGGCGGAGCUUUUCAACCAAUCGGCGAGGCCGACAGCCGCAUCCUUGGCCGUUUGUACUAAUUGGACGGCCAACUUUUUGGUCGGUUUGGCCUUUUUACCAAUUACGAACGAGAUUGGCCCGUUCGUCUUCAUAAUCUUCGUCGUUCUUAACUGCUUAUUCUUCCUCUUCAUCUACAAGAAGGUCCCAGAGACGAAAAAUAAAACCAUCGAGGAGAUUUCGGCUCUGUUCAGGCAGCAGUCGUACCAGUAAUUUGGAUAUUUACUUGUAAAUAUUGACUGAGGUAAAAAUAUAAUAGCGCUAGGAGAAUUAUUUUUGAAUACAUUCGUAGUUAUUUAUUGUGGCAGAUCUUCGAAAUGAAUAGUAUCUUUGUGUGGUUAGGUUUUAAGGGGAUCUGUGUGAGGCUCUCUUUUAGGUUUUAGUUUUCCGAGUAAUUUAUUUAUUUAUUUAGGUUGUGGCAAUGUUGUUGAAAGUCUGCUACUAAUUACGCAAUUGUACUAUUCGGAACGAACUAAAAAUGUACCAAAAAAACAUAAGUGUUCGAUGUGAAUCAGGUUAGAACAUUUUGUACAAUUUCUUUAAGCAAUUUACCAACCUGAGUUAUUUUAAUAAUGAUAUUGCAAAUAACGUGUGUGCUAUGUGUAUGUCUGUAGGUGUAAUAUGUUUGUUUUUAAAAUAAGUUUAAACGAAUAAAUUUUAAGUUUUUCAA